GUCAUGAAUACAUUUUCUAAUCUGUGGAAACGCCCCUCGUCGUGUCAAACGUACGUUGUCGGGAUUUUUGCGUAUUUUGUGCAUUAUUUUGCUAUUUAUUGGUUCAGGGCAAGGAAUAAUUAGUUUAAACAUCAAAUUUCGGUGCUUGUAAUUCAUCAAUUAGGUUAAUAAGCAACAAAAUGACCGACUCAAAGUAUUUCACCACCACGAAAAAGGGGGAGAUAUUCGAACUAAAGUCGGAACUCAACAGCGAUAAAAAGGAGAAAAAGAAGGAAGCUGUCAAAAAGGUCAUUGCGUCCAUGACAGUCGGUAAAGAUGUCUCCGCACUAUUCCCCGACGUCGUCAACUGCAUGCAAACAGACAACUUGGAGCUAAAAAAGUUGGUCUACUUAUAUCUCAUGAACUACGCCAAAUCACAACCAGAUAUGGCCAUCAUGGCUGUUAACACCUUUGUCAAGGAUUGCGAAGACUCCAACCCACUCAUAAGAGCUCUGGCUGUACGGACCAUGGGUUGCAUCCGAGUGGACAAAAUCACGGAGUAUCUGUGUGAACCUCUGCGAAAGUGCUUGAAAGAUGAAGACCCGUAUGUAAGGAAGACAGCAGCAGUGUGCGUUGCUAAACUGUAUGACAUAUCAUCUAGCAUGGUGGAAGAUCAGGGUUUCCUGGACCAGCUAAAGGACCUGCUGAGUGACUCCAACCCCAUGGUGGUGGCCAAUGCCGUCGCCGCUCUCUCGGAGAUCAACGAGGCCAGCGUCUCUGGACAUCCACUAGUUGAGAUGAACGCGCCAACCAUCAACAAGCUGCUGACAGCGCUGAACGAGUGCACCGAGUGGGGCCAAGUGUUCAUCCUGGACGCGCUCAGCAACUACUCCCCGCGCGACGCGCGCGAGGCGCACUCCAUCUGCGAGCGCAUCACGCCGCGCCUCGCGCACGCCAACGCGGCCGUUGUACUGUCCGCCGUCAAGGUCCUCAUGAAGUUGAUGGAGAUGGUGUCCGAAGACACGGAGCUGGUGAGCACGCUGUCCCGCAAGCUGGCGCCGCCGCUGGUGACGCUGCUGUCGGCGGAGCCCGAGGUGCAGUACGUGGCGCUCCGCAACAUCAACCUCGUCGUGCAGAAGCGGCCCGACAUCCUCAAACACGAAAUGAAGGUGUUCUUCGUGAAAUAUAAUGACCCGAUCUACGUGAAGCUUGAAAAGCUGGAUAUCAUGAUCCGCCUCGCGUCGCAGGCCAACAUUGCGCAAGUGCUAGGCGAGCUGAAGGAGUACGCCACCGAGGUGGACGUGGACUUCGUGCGCAAGGCCGUGCGCGCCAUCGGCCGCUGCGCCAUCAAGGUGGAGCCAUCAGCCGAGCGCUGUGUAUCAACCCUGCUGGAGCUGAUCCAAACGAAAGUUAACUAUGUAGUGCAGGAAGCCGUGGUGGUGAUCAAGGACAUCUUCCGCAAGUACCCCAACAAGUACGAGAGCAUCAUCUCCACGCUCUGCGAGAAUCUCGACACGCUGGAUGAGCCUGAAGCCAGGGCUUCUAUGGUAUGGAUCGUGGGCGAGUACGCGGAGCGCAUCGACAACGCCGACGAGCUGCUGGACUCCUUCCUCGAGGGCUUCCACGACGAGAACGCACAGGUGCAACUCCAACUGUUAACGGCGGUGGUGAAACUGUUCCUCAAACGGCCCGCGGACACCCAGGAGUUAGUCCAGCACGUGCUCAGCCUUGCAACGCAGGACUCCGACAACCCCGACCUGAGGGACCGUGGUUUCAUUUACUGGCGCCUGCUCUCCACGGACCCCGCGGCCGCCAAGGAAGUUGUUCUCGCGGAUAAGCCGCUCAUUUCUGAGGAGACAGACCUUCUGGAGCCGACGCUGCUGGAUGAGCUCAUCUGUCACAUCAGCUCGCUUGCGUCUGUGUACCACAAGCCACCUACUGCCUUUGUUGAAGGGCGCGGCGCGGGCGUGCGCAAGUCGCUGCCGGCGCGCGGCGCGUCCGAGCCGUCCGAGGCGCACGCGCCACAGGCCACCGUCAUUCCCAACCAGGAGUCGCUGAUCGGCGACCUGCUGUCCAUGGACAUCGGCGCGCCGCCCGCGCCGCCCGCCGCGCCCGCCUCCAACCUGGACCUGCUCGCCGGCGGCCUCGAUGUGCUGUUGGGCGGCGGGCCGGAGCCGGCGGCGGGCGGCAGCUCGGGGCUGCUGGGCGACAUCUUCGGCGCCGCCGCGCCCGCCUGCUACGUGCCGCCCAAGACGUGCUGGCUGCCCGCCGACAAGGGCAAAGGCCUAGAGAUCUGGGGCACGUUCAGUCGGCAGGGCGGGCAGCCGCGCCUGGAGAUGACCUUCACCAACAAGGCCAUGCAGGCCAUGAGCGGCUUCGCCAUACAGCUCAACAAGAACAGUUUCGGCGUGUUCCCGGCGGGUAGCCUGUCGGUGGGCGCGCUGGCGGCCGGCGCCAGCGCGGAGGCGCCGCUCCCCCUCGCCACCACCGGGCCCGUGCAGCGCAUGGAGCCGCUCAACAACCUGCAGGUACUGUCCCACAGCCCUGGCAGCUGUCGGUGGGCGCGCUGGCGGCCGGCGCCAGCGCGGAGGCGCCGCUCCCCCUCGCCACCACCGGGCCCGUGCAGCGCAUGGAGCCGCUCAACAACCUGCAGGUACUGUCCCACAGCCCUGGCAGCUGUCGGUGGGCGCGCUGGCGGCCGGCGCCAGCGCGGAGGCGCCGCUCCCCCUCGCCACCACCGGGCCCGUGCAGCGCAUGGAGCCGCUCAACAACCUGCAGGUACUGUCCCACAGCCCUGGCAGCUGUCGGUGGGCGCGCUGGCGGCCGGCGCCAGCGCGGAGGCGCCGCUCCCCCUCGCCACCACCGGGCCCGUGCAGCGCAUGGAGCCGCUCAACAACCUGCAGGUACUGUCCCACAGCCCUGGCAGCUGUCGGUGGGCGCGCUGGCGGCCGGCGCCAGCGCGGAGGCGCCGCUCCCCCUCGCCACCACCGGGCCCGUGCAGCGCAUGGAGCCGCUCAACAACCUGCAGGUACUGUCCCACAGCCCUGGCAGCUGUCGGUGGGCGCGCUGGCGGCCGGCGCCAGCGCGGAGGCGCCGCUCCCCCUCGCCACCACCGGGCCCGUGCAGCGCAUGGAGCCGCUCAACAACCUGCAGGUACUGUCCCACAGCCCUGGCAGCUGUCGGUGGGCGCGCUGGCGGCCGGCGCCAGCGCGGAGGCGCCGCUCCCCCUCGCCACCACCGGGCCCGUGCAGCGCAUGGAGCCGCUCAACAACCUGCAGGUACUGUCCCACAGCCCUGGCAGCUGUCGGUGGGCGCGCUGGCGGCCGGCGCCAGCGCGGAGGCGCCGCUCCCCCUCGCCACCACCGGGCCCGUGCAGCGCAUGGAGCCGCUCAACAACCUGCAGGUACUGUCCCACAGCCCUGGCAGCUGUCGGUGGGCGCGCUGGCGGCCGGCGCCAGCGCGGAGGCGCCGCUCCCCCUCGCCACCACCGGGCCCGUGCAGCGCAUGGAGCCGCUCAACAACCUGCAGGUACUGUCCCACAGCCCUGGCAGCUGUCGGUGGGCGCGCUGGCGGCCGGCGCCAGCGCGGAGGCGCCGCUCCCCCUCGCCACCACCGGGCCCGUGCAGCGCAUGGAGCCGCUCAACAACCUGCAGGUACUGUCCCACAGCCCUGGCAGCUGUCGGUGGGCGCGCUGGCGGCCGGCGCCAGCGCGGAGGCGCCGCUCCCCCUCGCCACCACCGGGCCCGUGCAGCGCAUGGAGCCGCUCAACAACCUGCAGGUACUGUCCCACAGCCCUGGCAGCUGUCGGUGGGCGCGCUGGCGGCCGGCGCCAGCGCGGAGGCGCCGCUCCCCCUCGCCACCACCGGGCCCGUGCAGCGCAUGGAGCCGCUCAACAACCUGCAGGUACUGUCCCACAGCCCUGGCAGCUGUCGGUGGGCGCGCUGGCGGCCGGCGCCAGCGCGGAGGCGCCGCUCCCCCUCGCCACCACCGGGCCCGUGCAGCGCAUGGAGCCGCUCAACAACCUGCAGGUACUGUCCCACAGCCCUGGCAGCUGUCGGUGGGCGCGCUGGCGGCCGGCGCCAGCGCGGAGGCGCCGCUCCCCCUCGCCACCACCGGGCCCGUGCAGCGCAUGGAGCCGCUCAACAACCUGCAGGUACUGUCCCACAGCCCUGGCAGCUGUCGGUGGGCGCGCUGGCGGCCGGCGCCAGCGCGGAGGCGCCGCUCCCCCUCGCCACCACCGGGCCCGUGCAGCGCAUGGAGCCGCUCAACAACCUGCAGGUACUGUCCCACAGCCCUGGCAGCUGUCGGUGGGCGCGCUGGCGGCCGGCGCCAGCGCGGAGGCGCCGCUCCCCCUCGCCACCACCGGGCCCGUGCAGCGCAUGGAGCCGCUCAACAACCUGCAGGUGGCGAUAAAGAACAACGUGGACGUGUUCUACUUCGCGUGCCUCAUGCCGGCGCACAUCCUCUUCACGGAGGACGGGCAGCUCGACAAGCGCGUCUUCCUCACCACCUGGAAGGAGAUCCCGGCCGCCAACGAGGUGCAGCACUCGCUCUCCGGCGUCAUCGGCACCGCCGACUCCAUCGCGCACAAAAUGACUCUCAACAACGUCUUCACCAUCGCCAAGCGCAACGUAGAGGGACAAGACAUGCUCUAUCAAUCACUAAAACUCACUAACAACAUCUGGGUUUUACUCGAACUGAAACUACAACCCGGAAACCCAGAAGCGACGCUCAGCUUGAAAUCACGCACUGUCGAAGUAGCCUCCUGUAUAUUCCAAGCGUACGAAGCUAUCAUCAAAUCGUAAUCUCGUUCCAUGUUAAGACGUAUUGUUAUUAUAGUAUUCUUAUGUAAGUUAUAGACUUUAUACGAUUGUAAAUUCCAUUAGUGUAUGAAUGUUUAUUAGAGAUUCUAGCUUUUUGAACGAGUUUCGCCUAAUUAUAAAAUAUUCGGUGGAAUAUUGUGAGAAGGAAAGUUAGAAACUAUUUAUUAGAGAUUAUGAAAUGAUAUGCGAGUAUAUCGCGGCCAGUGCCGGAUUAACCAUUAAGCAAAAUAAGCACUUGCUUAGGGCACCACGUCUAGGGGGGCACCAAAAUCGUAGGAAAAAAACGCGCAGGCUGCAUCAGCAUCGCAGUCGUAGUACUUAUGUACACGAAACUUUUUGUCGACUUUGACGUGUGCAAGUACCCAUCUAAUAACGGGGUCGUAAUAGAGUGAGGACACGUAAGCACAUCUCCAACCCUUCGCGGAGGCCCUCAAAGCUCAUAGCCAAAAUAUCUUACCGUCGGGCUUGUGGUCAACCGAUUUUCCCGACGUAGAUUACCGAUUUUGUAGCGAAUUUUGCUCUCUUGCACGCCAGAUGUGUCGGCCUGGCCGAGUUGCUGCAGAACCACGAUCAUGCGACUUAUUAAGUUUCGGUUUCCACUUAAGCCAAAGGCCGAGCAGUAGGAGAACCGUGAUUACAUAGGUUCGAUUUCAAGCCACUCUAUUGCAAUUCGGCGUUAGGUCUUAUGCGACGCUAGGCCUUCUACUUUGUGCAAACUGCCUUACUUUCACUUAACAUGGAUCCAAAUCUAAGCUGUCCUCUCUCGAAGCUGGGCCUUCUGCCUUGCUCACACCUCGCCAUCAGUUGUAUUGUAUGAUAACCCACCGCGAUCGGACGCUCCGGACGUUCAGCCAUUCAUACCUCGCCAGUGGUCAAAUUCAAAUGCUUUCUUCCAGCUCGACCUUUGGCCUCAUCCAUGCCUCAUCCGUAAGCGCCGAUCGAACGCUCCGAGCGUUCAGCCUUAUGAAAAGCUCAGCCUUAGACUUUGCCUUUAAAAACACUGAUUUAACUUUCACGAUUUAGGCCAAUCAAAUUAGAUCCAAAAAUAGCGUUUUGAGGAAUUAAUUCCCAGCAAGCUGGAAAAUGUUUUAAUACUUCCAUUUCAUUCUAAAUGCGUGUAAUCCAAGUUUGCUCCAUCCCAGGGGGUAUGCAUACAUUUUGGGAUCCUUAGGAGAUAUUUUUUUCCUUUCGAAAUCACUUGAUUUUGAAGGACAUACGACAGUUCGUGGAUUAGACACUGCAUGGUAAGAAGGCGUUUUUGGAUUUUUAACAUGAUUUUACCAAAAAUAAAAAAUGUCGACCUUUUUAUACAAUUUAGACUAGGAAUACAUAUUAGGGUACCUUCAAUAAAUCAAUAUGUUUUAUUGCAAGAACAUAAUUAAAUUACAUUUCGGAUCCUCAGAUAUCAGAUUUAAUCAUAAUUAGAACAAAUUUUCCGCCGGACGUACCGUUUUCGAUUUUCAAGCAAAAAAAAAACUGAAAAAGAGGAAACAUUUAUGCACACCUCCUGGAAUGGAGCAAACUCGGAUUACACGCAUUUUUAGGACCAAAUUCGAAAAAAUCUAAUUUUAUUGGCCUAAUUGUGAUACAUUAUUAUUUAAGAAAACGGGACUUAAUCGCGUUUGAUUUAGUUCUAAAAUUACCUCCAACGUCAAGAUAAUGAUGUCGACUUUACCCAGUCUUCUCCGAGACUAUGGGGAAAACGCCGUUUUUGAAACGUCGGGUCAGUGGUAAUUUUAAAACUUACCCUAUUAAGUCCCGUUUUCGUUAACAAUAAUUUGCUAUUUAAGACACUUGCGGCCAUUGGUUCGUGUUCUGACAAGAACCAAUGGCCAAUGGCUAAGCCUCUACUGAAGCUCUGCCUUUGCUCUCACAUGAAUGAGCUUCGCAGGAAAGCUCUAGAGGUUGCAAAACCCUGUGCGGAGUACGGCCUAUGCCUUUUAUAUCUUCUCACACUUGGACAUUGGUUGGCUCACCUCCGGCCUUAUGCGAAGCACGAUCUUCAAUUUGCUAACACUUGACCUUACAUACUGUUGGAACAUUACUGCUGCAGUACUGUCAAUUUCCGUGAUAAAAUGAUGUGUUGGAUUGAAAAUUCUAUUCUCAGCAGUAAUGCGGCAAUAAAAGUCACUCAAUUUACCAAGAAAAUUCAAUGUUAUCUUGAUGAGGGGGCACCAUGGUCUAGAAAUGCUUAGGGCAUCAAAAUGUCUUAAUCCGGCACUGAUCGCGGCGAGUGGGAUGGAAGACUCCGGGAGAAUUAUGCCGUGUAAUGGCUAUAAAUAAAUAAUUAUGUUAAA